AAAGUGUGAUUGCAGGAUAUUUUAAAAAUCCACAGGUGAAAAGGACUCAGUAUUCAAGAGACAAAGUCAUAAUAAGUAAACCCCAAAGUUGAUUAUGUGACAAAAGGAGAAAGAAAAUCAUGGCUGAUGAACUUGACCAGUCACCCAAGAAUUGGACUGAAUCUCAAGUGAGCACCUGGCUAAGAUCUUUUGGAGUGAAGGCACAGUAUAUAGAGAAACUCUAUGAGGAAGAAGUAGAUGGACAAAUCCUUCUUGCACUGAAUGAGGACUUUUUGAAGACAAAGAUUUGCAUGAAAUCAGGGCCUGCUCACUUGAUUAUUAAAAAGAGAGAUGAGCUCCUCAACUCCCAGCAGAAGUCUCAGGAGAAGAAAAAGCCCACCGGUGGCAAAAAAACUGAGGUGGAGCAGAAAAACAUCAAGCAGACAUCAGUACAGUGUCAAUCUACAACAUGUGAAGGUCCCACAACACAGAUUCCUGAAAGAGAUCAAGAUGUCUUAGAGGAGAGACAAACGGCUAAAGAACAAUGUGUGCUGACUUCAAAGGAAGACUGUAAACCACGACCAUUCGAUCAAGAAGGCAUUGACUUUCUAUAUGUAAAGAACAGGGUCCUGCAGCCUGAAUCAGGGGCUUUUAAUCUGACAUCACCAUGCCAUGAAUUUAAAUCUUUUGCUUUAGCCGCUACCUUGGAUCGCACAAGACUCCAAGCUAAAUUUGCCAAAGAGGUUCUUAAAUUUGCGACUGGCUGUAUGAAUAUCAGAUCAAAUGGCACAAUACACUUUGGUGUGAUGGACAGCAAGGAAGAUACAGGAUAUGUGCACGGUGAGAUAGUUGGUAUCCCUGUAAAAGAGAAAGACAUCUAUGUAGAUGCUUUGGACUACAUUGAGAGGAGUUUCUCUUCUGACAAAGAGCAUGUACGCCAGUGUGUGCGGCCACCAAGGUUCAUUGAGGUGAUGGAUCGAGACAGUACAGAAAAGGAGUAUGUGGUAGAGGUUGACAUCGUGCCCUCAGUAAAUAUUGUUAAGGGCAAAGUGUAUGCAGUUCGUUUGCCAAACUUCAAAGAGACAACCAACAAAGUAGAGUUUGAGAAAGAAAUGACUUUGCGGAGAGUGGGUUCAAAAACAGAGCCAGUGAGCGACAAAGACCUAGGUGAUUUUUACCAGCGGGUCAAAGAUCGGGAUACUCAAAGAGAAGAAGCAGAGAAAUGUCAGUUUCUCAGUGCUCCAGGGAUCUUCCAAGACCUUGGAAGAAAACUCACAAUGCUAAUGACUAGUGGAAAGAAAUUCAUCGAAAAGGAGAAAUGGUUCAUACUCGUCACAAACAAAUUCAAACCUGAUGACCUUUGCAACAUUGACUGGCUGCUUAACAUGAACAUCUUCUGUGUGUUUGACUUUGACCCAGACUCAAAGAUAUCAGGUCUUUGCAGUAGAUACCUUCAGCAUCAUGCAGCAAACAUUCAUUUUUUGCAGAGCUAUAGGAUAUCCAGUGACACAAGCAUGAAAGAAUUCACAAGCAACUUGCAUCUGUUUGAACAAACUAGCUGGAUCUUUUGUAAUGGCCGUACUGACUUCCAAGGAAAUGAAACUCCAUGUGAUGAAAUGACUUGGAUCAAAACAAAAAUGACUCUCCUGAGGGAAUCUGUGUCUUUGAUCUGUAAACAAAUCUUGCCAAAAGGGACAUUCCAGGUCCUUUUCCUUCUCACAUCACCAGUUGAGAAACCACUCUUGCACACCUUUUAUGAGUUUUUCACAGACAUGGAAGGCCAUGAAGACAUCAUCUGCAUCUGUGAAUCAGAGAAUAACUUUCAGAAAUGGCAAAGCUUUGCAGAGGGUUCAUGUGGACCAGAAACUGUGAAUAAUUCCAGUGUUGUUGGGAUGAAAAUGAGUCACAUUAAUGCAACUCUGCAGCAAGUACAACCUGUAAAAGCAUGUGCAAAAAAACACCUGCCAGUCUUUGUGAAAGGGACAUGUCUUCUUGAGACACUUAAAGAGGAACAGAUGUAUUCUCUGGAGAUUCUGACUGUUGAUCAUUGUGAUGAAACAAGCGAAGACUUCAUCAAUGAGGAGAAAGAAAACAUUGAACGACAGUUCUACCGUGGGGGGAGAGUGACCUGGUUGAAUUUCUGGCUUGCUGAGCAAAAAUACGUUGGAGAGGUAAUUGAAAGAAAUGCUUAUGGAGAGGUUUCCAAACUUCUCCAUGAUGCUUUGAAAUGCAAUGCAGAUCAGACUCCGGUCAAUAGUAUAAACAUCUACCACCAUCCAGGAAGUGGUGGAAGCACUGUGGCAAGACAAGUGCUGUGGAACAACAGGAAAGAUCUAAGGUGUGCGGUUGUGAAGCCUUCAUACUCAGUUGCUGAUGUUGCGCAACAUUCAGUUGAACUAAGAGAAUAUGAAGAAAAAGAUCCACAGAGGUGUCUUCCAGUGCUGCUCCUCAUUGAAGACUCUGACAAAGAAUAUCUAGAUGAUCUCAGGAAUGAACUAGAGGUUGCUAUCAACGUCAAGAGAAUCCAGUAUGGAACACUAUGUUUCAUUUUGCUGAGCUGCAGACAAUCCCAUGAUCCAGAGAAAAGAUGCAAGAAGUCUCCAUUACAGAAUGUGUCUGUCACUCACAAACUGUCUGAUCAAGAGAAAAGAAAGUUUGCUGGAAAACGACAGGUACUUGAGAAACGAUAUGAGCCUCAGUUCAUCCUGACAUUUGUUUUGAUGAGUGAAGGAUUCAGUGAGGAUUACGUUCAACAUUUUGUGACAAAUUUGCUCAAAAACAUUGACCAUAAAUCUGCUGUCACUCGCCUCAUUCACUAUGUAGCACUGCUGAACACUUAUGUUCAAAACUCUUUCAUCUCUCAGUCACAUUGUGAAGCUUUGCUUGCCAUAACCAUUCACUUGGAAAGGUUUCGGCAGUAUGAGUUUGAGAGAUUAAUCGGUGAUCAGGCUAAAUUACUCUUCUUGCACCUUAAAGAUGAGACGACACACAUUGAGUCAAUCAGAAUCAUCCACCCGCUCGUUGCAAAGGAAAUUCUCCAACAACUUCUGAGUAACCAACAGACCCAAAGCAGUUUGGCUAUGAAUUUACUCUGCGAGACCGUGCUUUUCGAGCACAGAUUUGGAAGGGAUGAAUAUCUGUCAUUUUUGAGAGCACUUUUCAUCAGGCGAACCAGAAUAAGCAAAGGGGACGAAUAUGAUAGUUUUUUCUCUCCUCUGAUUGAGCACGUUUGCGAAAACGAGAAAAGCCCAGGGAAAGCAAUUGAGUUACUCACGGAAGCUUUCCAGCGUUUCCAUGAAGAUCCGUUCUUUGCACAGCAACUUGCUCGUCUUCAUUAUUCUUAUGAAAAGUUCGAAGACGCAAAGUACUGGGCAGAGACAGCGGCUAAACAGCUGCCCAACAACUCAUACAUACUAGACACAAAAGGACAAGUGUACAGAAAGUGGUUCCAAGCUAAAUGCAAAGCUAUUGACAAUGACAAUGCACCAAAGACAGCCCAAAAUACAGCAGAUGCUGUGGAGACUGCACUGAAAGCCCUGGAGUGUUUUCAAGAAUGUGAGAAAGCAGCUGAGGCAGAUAUAGAAAACGUUAACAGUUCAGGGUUUUUUUCUGAGGUUGAGGUUGGGUGCAGCCUGCUCAAACUGAUCUCUUCAUUACAAGUGUUUGCAAACAGGGGCAAUGGCCAUUCAGAGUGUAUGAAGUACCUGUUAACAGAUUACAUUCCUGAGGAAGUUGAAGAAGCCUGGCAACCAUUUCAUGGCCGUUUGAAAAAACUUCACAAGACAAUGCAAGAUGCCUUGGAAUGGAUUUCAGAAGACCUAAGUUACUUCCAAACAGACAUUAGUGCAGAUGAAGAAGAAACCCCUAAAAGUCCUGAGGAGAAGAUAAGCCAUCCACUGAAAUGGUUGGCAAAAAAAUCUUCAGAGUAUGGGAAGUACUUCAGUGAAGCUGCACUGCUACAACACGGGCAGUUGAUCCCAGCCAAUUUAACUCCUUUUCAAAAACGCAUGAUCAUUUAUCAUCUUGGUGGAGGCAACAUCACAUCCAUCCUCUCAAAGCUGACUGACCAGAGGGAUGCAGUACGUCUUCUAGAGAGAAUCCUUUCUCUCUACCCCAGCAAUCCAAUAAAGGCCAAAUUUGGUCAAAGGGAUAUUGCCAACUACAUAGUGGCCCACAUUACUCUGAACUCCCUGUCACCUCAGUCUUCAAAAGUAGCUUCUCUGAAAGAUCUACAGGCACUGUGUCAUCAGUUCCCAACUGAUAAAAGGAAAUGUUUACCAAGUGCCCUGUUCUUGCUUACAUUGCUAUUUUGGCCAGAGGAUCGUGACACAGACCAUGAGAAAGAAACCAAAUAUGAAAUUGUGCAAUCAGCUGUUGAACACCUGGAAAAAGACUACUGGACCAAAAUGAAGGACAUUCCGCAGCGGAAGAGAAGGCUUUACACCCAUUUUUUUCUGGGCAGUGGAAAUGGAUUGGAUAAAUUUGUCCACAAGAGAAAGUUUGAAAAAAUCAUUAAGGUGUUCUCAGUCUCUGAGAAACGCAUGAAAUGGUUAAGUGGUGAGGCAUGGAAAAAGCCUGAGAUUGCCCAGAUGCUGAAAUGUGUUUCUGGAUGGACUGAAGAUGGAGUGGUGUACCUUCAGGGCCCUAAGAAAAAGAAGUUCAGUAUCCUGCCUCUUCAUGUACCUUCAGUGCCUCAUAGCAAUGAAAACAUCACGUUCUACUUGGGGUUUACCUUUAGAGGCCCUGUUGCCUGCAACAUCAUUGUGAAAAAAUAG